AUGAGGAAAAUGAGGCCCAAAGAAGUUAUGCCACUUGGUUAAGGUCCCAAAGCAGGUCAGAACCAGAUCUAGGAUCAGAAACCUGGCUCCUGGCUCUAUUCUUCUAAGGAUCGCUUUCCUGACAGAAGAGAAUUUUUCUUUUCUAAAAUGGAGUCCAGUAAAAAGAUGGACUCCCCCGGCGCACUGCAGACCAAUCCACCGCUAAAGCUGCACCCUGACCGCAGCACUGGGGCAUCAGUUUUCGUCCCUGACCAAGGAGGUUACAAAGAAAAGUUUGUGAAGACCGUGGAGGACAAGUACAAGUGUGAGAAGUGCCGCCUGGUAUUGUGUAACCCAAAGCAGACAGAGUGUGGGCACCGGUUCUGUGAGACCUGCAUGGCCACUCUGCUGAGCUCCUCAAGUCCAAAGUGCACGGCGUGUCAAGAAAGCAUCGUUAAGGAUAAGGUGUUUAAGGAUAAUUGCUGCAAGAGAGAGAUUCUAGCUCUUCAGAUCUAUUGUCGGAAUGAAAGCAGAGGUUGUGCCGAGCAGUUAACACUGGGACAUCUGCUGGUGCAUUUAAAAAAUGAUUGCCAAUUUGAAGAACUUCCAUGUGUACGUGCCGACUGCAAAGAAAAAGUUUUGAGAAAAGACUUGCGUGAUCAUGUGGAAAAGGCCUGUAAAUACCGGGAGGCCACUUGCAACCACUGCAAAAGUCAAGUUCCAAUGAUCACAUUGCAGAAACACCAAGACACCGAGUGUCCCUGUGUGGUGGUGUCCUGCCCUCAUAAGUGCAGCGUCCAGACACUUCUGAGGAGUGAGUUGAGUGCACACUUGUCAGAGUGUGUCAAUGCCCCCAGCACCUGUAGUUUUAAGCGCUAUGGCUGCGUUUUUCAGGGGACAAACCAGCAGAUCAAGGCCCACGAGGCCAGCUCUGCCGUGCAGCACGUCAACCUGCUGAAGGAGUGGAGCAACUCCCUGGAGAAAAAGGUUUCCUUGCUGCAGAAUGAAAGUGUAGAGAAAAAUAAGAGCAUACAAAGUUUGCACAAUCAGAUAUGUAGCUUCGAAAUUGAAAUUGAGAGACAAAAGGAAAUGCUUCGAAAUAAUGAAUCCAAGAUACUUCAUUUACAGCGAGUAAUAGACAGCCAAGCCGAGAAACUGAAAGAGCUCGACAAAGAGAUCCGUCCCUUCCGGCAAAACUGGGAGGAGGCAGACAGCAUGAAGAGCAGUGUGGAGUCCCUUCAGAACCGUGUGACCGAGCUGGAAAGCGUGGACAAAAGUGCUGGGCAGGUGGCUCGGAACACAGGCCUGCUGGAGUCCCAGCUGAGCCGGCACGACCAGAUGCUGAGUGUGCACGACAUCCGCCUGGCCGACAUGGACCUGCGCUUCCAGGUCCUCGAGACCGCCAGCUACAACGGCGUGCUGAUCUGGAAGAUCCGUGACUACAAGCGGCGGAAGCAGGAGGCCGUCAUGGGGAAGACCUUGUCUCUCUACAGCCAGCCCUUCUACACCGGUUACUUCGGCUACAAGAUGUGUGCCAGGGUCUACCUGAAUGGGGACGGGAUGGGGAAGGGGACGCACUUGUCGCUCUUUUUUGUCAUUAUGCGUGGAGAAUACGAUGCUUUGCUUCCUUGGCCGUUUAAGCAGAAAGUGACGCUGAUGCUGAUGGAUCAGGGUUCCUCUCGACGCCACUUGGGAGACGCGUUCAAGCCCGACCCCAACAGCAGCAGCUUCAAGAAGCCCACCGGGGAGAUGAACAUCGCCUCUGGCUGCCCAGUCUUUGUGGCUCAAACUGUUCUAGAAAACGGGACAUAUAUUAAAGAUGAUACAAUUUUUAUUAAAGUCAUAGUGGAUACUUCGGAUCUGCCGGAUCCCUGACGAGUAACUGGGGAGGUGGAUUUGGCAGAAGGUAACUCCUCUGGGGGGUUUGAACCGGUCUGUCUUCACUGAGGUCCUCGCUCAGAAAAGGACCUUGUGGAACGGAGGAAGCUGCAGAAGGCGGAGGCGGCUGGCGGGCGGAGCCACACGCAAACACACCUGACAUGUUUUCUAAUAGACUAGCAACACUCCCUCUGCAGAAUGAUUUAUCCCUCGAUGAGAUAAAUAUUGCUGUCAGAGAAGGUUUUCAUUUUCAUUUUUAAAGAUCUAGUUAAUUAAGGUGGAAAACAUAUAUGCUAAACAAAAGAAACAUGAUUUUUCUUCCUUAAACUUGAACACCAAAAACAAGAAAACACACCCACAUGGGGGGAUAGCUGGACAUGUCAGCAUGUUAAGUAAAAGGAAAAUUUAUGAAAUAAUAAUGCAGUUCUGAUAUAUUCAUUCUAACAUUCAAGAGUGCAAUCUUGUUUCAAAUAUAGUAUACUGUCUAUUUUUAAGGCCU